AUGUAUACAAUAUUUGAGAAAAUUUUCGGCAAAGGUAACGCACAGAAGCCAAAAGAUACACCACCCACAAGGGCGAGUGCCCUUGUACCAAGGAAACGCAAGUAUCCGUACAUAUGUGAGGAGACAACAAGCCGUAAGAUAGGCAGAACGCGAAGUGACAGAACACGUAGCAAUAACAAAGAGAACCAAGUACAGCCGGUGAAAAAUGCAACUAGAGAGCAGAACAAGGCUGUUAGCAAACAAAUUCUAGUGCAAAGCACGCCAAAUACAAUGAACUUAAACUGGUCAGAUGAAAUAGAAUGGGAAAAUGAGAAAGAGGCCUCCUUCUCUCUGGAUAUUAACACUAAUGCGGUCCUGAAAAAUUCUUUGGAAAACCAAGAGAAAAAAGCCUAA